CAUGCAGCACUAAUCUACGUCGUGUCUAAUGAAGUUGUUGUUCGAGUAAGGUAUGCCAACUAGAAAUUGGAAAAAUGUUUGCCAGAGAUGACAAUGCUGAGAGACGUUCGUUAUUGGAAAAACACAACGGAGGAGUAAAAAAUCAACAUGAAGGAGUCGGUACAGGAACCAAAUCUGAGAAUGUUGAUGUUGUGGGAGGGUCGCUGGACCCGGCGAGUUUGGGUGCGGCUGCCGGUAGUGAUGGCGGCAGUGGCUCAGCCGUGGCCGUGCCAACUAUGGGACCCCCGAGCGAUCGUGCUCUUGCUGGCAAAUCUGUGCUUGUAGACGAAGCUUCAGAUUUAGUUAUCCAUUCUUCUCGGUUGACUGCAGCAUUGUAUGGUUCACAACGUCCCGAUAGGCCGCAACAAAACAGAACUAAAGUACCUCAAAAAGUUCCCUUUCUUAGUUUGUACCGAUAUGCUACAGAACAAGACUGGCUCCUCCUCGUCUUGGGUGCUGUAGCGGCCCUAGCCAAUGGAUCAGCAUGGCCUAUCCUAUACCUAUUCCUGGGACUCAUGCUCGAUGAUUUUAUUAUGUUCAACACAGCCAAUGUAACGCUAACAGACUUUGAUAAUGCAACCAUGCACACUACAAGAACGUUAUUACAAUUUCCUAGUGGUGCUAAUGAAGAUGUUCUUAUAGUGUCAGAUACAUUUGAGCAGGGCGUUCAGGAGUCUUGUAUACGUUUUGCCUUGGUUGGUCUGUCUGUUAUGAUCUCGUCAUACAUCCAGACUGCAUCAUUUGGACUGACGGGGGAACGGCAGACUAACCGUCUCAGGAAGGCAUUCUUUCAUGCUAUCCUGCAUCAGGAAAUCAGCUGGUUUGAUUUUCAUCAGACAGGAGAAAUCACCUCAAAGCUUUCAGAUGAUGUAGAGAAAGUGAAGUCGGGUUAUGGAGAGAAUGUAGGCAUCUUUCUUCAAUUUUUAGGACAAAUCAUUGCAGGUUUCAUACUUGCCUUCAGUGUUAGUUGGGAACUAACUAUAGUUAUCAUGGCGGUACUGCCUGUCUUAGUCCUAUCCAGUGGCUUUAUGGCUCAUGUGAUAUCAGUGAUGACCACACAAGAAAUGCAGGCAUACUCCCAAGCUGGUGGUGUUGCUGAGGAAGUGCUCUCAUGUAUACGCACCGUGAUGGCGUUUGGUGGGCAGAAGAAGGAGCUGGAAAGAUAUGAGAAGGAGUUGUUGACUGCGAAGGCUGCAGGAAUCAAGAAGGGGAUCACCAGUGGAUUAGGCAUUGGGAUGAGCUAUCUCUUCUACUCAUGUACUUAUGCUCUGUCACUCUGGUAUGGUCCGAAGAUGGUGAGUGAAGGUCGAAUUUCUGGUGGUGAUGUUGUGACUGUAUUCUUCUGUAUCUGGUCAGGAUCAGCGUCUAUAGGUAACUUGACGCCUUCUGUUCAUGCCAUAGCAUCAGCUAGGGGAGCAGCCGUCGCCAUCUAUGAUGUUAUCGACAGUGAACCCGAGAUUGACAAGAGGAAAGACAAGGGAAUGAAGCCCAAGUCAAUAGAGGGUAAUAUUGAGUUCCGUAAUGUAAGAUUCAGCUAUCCAAUCAGACAAGAUGUACCUGUCCUUCGUGACCUCUCCAUGAAGGUCAACAGCGGUCAAAGAGUUGCCGUGGUUGGGUCAAGUGGGUGCGGCAAGUCAACCAUGGUCAAGUUGCUGCUACGCUUCUACAAUCAUGCAUCAGGCGAGAUUUGCAUAGAUGGAAUUGACAUCCGUGACCUGAAUGUGACCUGGCUGAGAGAGAACAUUGGUGUGGUGAGCCAGGAACCCACUCUCUUCAACUGUAGUAUAAGGCAGAACAUUGAGUUUGGACAUGAAGGCGUGAGCGAUGCUGAGAUAGAAGAAGCUGCCAAGAAAGCAAAUGCUCAUCAGUUUAUUUCAUCUCUACCUAAGGGCUACGACACCACGGUAGGAGAGCGUGGUGCUCAGCUGUCUGGAGGCCAGAAGCAGAGAGUAGCCAUCGCCAGAGCUCUGGUCAGGAACCCAAGGAUUCUACUCCUGGAUGAAGCUACAUCAGCCCUGGACAGUGAGAGUGAGAAACUAGUACAGGAAGCUCUAGAUAAGGCCCAAGAGGGGCGAACGACCCUGGUGAUUGCCCACCGUCUCUCUACAGUCCAGAAUGCUGAUCUCAUCUUUGUGAUGAAGGAAGGUCAUGUAGCUGAGUCAGGAAACCACAAGGAGCUCAUGAACAGAGAGAGUAUCUACCGGCAACUUGUCACACUCCAGAUGUUCAAAAAGCAAGAUGAAUCCAUUCUGAGUGAUGAUGAUGUAAGGAGCCUUGGUCGUCAGUCUUCUCUUAAUGAUUCAGUGCCUUCAUCACCAUCAUCUGACUCUGUUAAGUAUAGCAGUGUUAAUGAUGAACUCAUUGUUCCAGUGAAUGGCAAUGGGAAAGUACACAUGGGAGAGGAGGAGCCUUCCAUUAAAACCAAGAAAAAGAACAAGAAACACAAGAAAGAGAAAACCUUCACAAGUGUGCCUAAGCUCUCGUAUUGGGACAUCUUGAGACUGAAUAAACCUGAGUGUCAUUACAUCAUCAUUGGAUGUAUCUUUGCUGCGUUCCUUGGUGCAGCUCUACCCACCUUGGCUAUUCUUCUUACUGAGAUCAUUAGGAUAUUUAGUUUGCCACCCGAUGAGAUGGUCGCUGCAGCUUCUUUCUGGUCCCUCAUGUUCAUUGUAUUGGGUGUAGUGCGAGCUGUUAGUAUCUUCGUCAGUAUGCUCAUGUUCAGUAUCUCAGGAGAACUCCUUACUCUCAGGCUCAGAAAGAAAGCAUUCUGGGCAAUCUUGAGACAAGAUGCAGCGUGGUUUGAUGAACCUGAGCAUAACACAGGUUCUUUGGCUAAUGUACUCGCUACUGAUGCUUCCAAUGUUCAAGGGGCUACUGGUCUUCGCAUCAGCACCCUCAUGCACGAGUUUGUGACCGUGCUCAUCGCUGUUAUCAUUGCAUUUAUCUAUGGCUGGCAGCUGGCCCUGUUCACAUUAUGUGCUGUUCCUCUCAUGACAUUCUGGGGACGUAUUCAGAUGGCAAUGUUAACAGGCACCCAGAAACAAGACUCACAUCUUCUCCAAGAAGCAUCAGAGAUUGCAAGUGAAGCGAUAGAAAACAUCACAACGGUAUCAUCCCUCAAUCUGGAGGAAAGAAUAUAUCAUUUCUACUGUGAAAAACUUCGUGAACCUCUCAAGAAAAUCCAGAAGCACAAGUUCUUCUUUGCCUUUGCAGUUUGUUGCUCCCAGGCAUCAGUGUUCUUCCUCUUUGCAGGGGCCUUUAGGUUUGGUGGUCAUCUAGUAGCUAUCGGUCAAAUGUCCUCAGAUGCUAUGUUUAAGGUGAUUAUUGUGAUCACCUAUGCAGGUAUUGCAUUAGGCCAGGCAGCAGCAUUCAUGCCAGACUUCAGCAAGGCUAAAAUGUCAGCAGCUAAGCUCAUCACACUGAUUGGUCUCCAACCAACCAUCGAUAACUACUCCACAGAAGGACUCAAGCCACUAAAGAUUGAUGGCGCCAUCAAGUGCAAUAACCUGACCUUCAGAUACCCCAACCGUCCUGGUAGCACUAUUCUGGACAGUCUGAAUCUAAACAUAAAACCUGGUCACACAAUGGCUUUGGUUGGUGAGAGUGGAUGUGGGAAGAGCACCAUGGUUGCGCUGAUGGAACGCUUCUAUGAUCCUAACUGUGGAUCCAUUCAACUUGACGGGAAUGACCUGCGUGACCUGAACAUCGGGUGGCUUCGGUCUAAUAUGAGUAUUGUAAGCCAGGAGCCAGUGUUAUUUGCUUGUUCUAUCCGUGAUAACAUUGCCUAUGGUGUGGAAGAUGAGCUCCCUCAGGACGAAGUGGAACGGGUUGCUAAGAUGGCUAAUAUCCAUGAUUUCAUCAUUUCUCUGCCUUUGGGUUAUGAUACUCUAGUAGGAGAGAAAGGAGCUCAGUUAUCUGGAGGUCAGAAGCAAAGAGUAGCCAUCGCUAGAGCUCUGGCUAGAAAUCCUCGUAUCCUUCUGUUUGAUGAAGCUACAUCAGCACUGGACACUGAGAGUGAACAGAUUGUACAGAAAGCACUGGACAAUGCCAUGGACGGACGAACCUCCAUUGUUGUUGCCCAGCGUCUCAACACCAUUCAGAAUUCUGACCAAAUUGCUGUUAUUCGGGAUGGAAACAUCGUGGAGCAAGGACGUCAUCAGGAGCUGGUCUCAAGAAAGGGCCACUACUACACCCUCACAAUGGGCCAACAUAGCUAGACACAGCACUCUCUUUCUUUCAUCUUUCACCUCAUUAUCAUUGAUGUGUAUAUUUAUUUACCUGACUGCAAAGAUAAGAAAUGUAUGCUUGUAGAUGUAAUCUAUAUCUCGAAACCCUGCCAUAGGGAAUUCAUUAUUCAGUAUUGUAUGGCUCACUUUAAGAGCUUUAAAACAGCAACUCAGUUCUGAACCGUAGGCGGGCAGAGGGGUUCCGAGACUAACGUUCUAUUCACUUAGCUAAUACAAAGCAAGCUGAUCACCUUAUUUGUGCCUUGGAUGAAGGCUGAUGAAUCCUUUGAGAAAGCUACAGAAAGAACAAUACUACUUCUGAGAGACUUCCUUAAUUACUUUUGAUGUUUUUCUUUACUUGGACUGAGAUUGUUAUUGUCAGUCUUAAUGUAUCCAAAGAGCACACCUUCGUAGCGAAUAACCUAAAUGUUCACCAUAUUGUAAUAAGUAGGAUGUCUUUGUAAGGUGUGAUGCUUGUUGAUGAUUCAUGCUAAUACAUGUAUUGUUGAAAUGCAUCUGCAUUAUUGAUGUGGCAGUAUGUACCUUUUAGAGACCAAGCCAUGAAGCUACAGUACUACAUUGAGGUACUUCUGAAACAGCUCCCAAGAUCAUAUAAACAUAUCCGUGGUAUAUCACCAAUAUCUGGGAUCUGAAACAUUUGGAUCAUCAUCUUAUAUCGAGACCAUUUCAAUAGUACUACAGUGAUAAUGCACCAUUGGCACCUUGUCAUAUUGUGACCUUUGAUGCUCACGCUCACAAUGUUCAACAUCAAAGAUUUUCAAGCAUACACCCUAUCAACUCUGGAUAUUAGAACAAUUGUUAAUUUUGUCAUUUUUACAUUAUUACAGCAAAUUUGAGUUGUACUUCCAAAGCUCUCAUUAUUAAUAUUUGACUCGUAUGAUCAAAUGUCUCUACACAAACACACACACACAAAAUAAAAUUUCUUAUUUUAAGUUAAGAGAGGAAAACAUGGGUGAUGGAUUUUUAAAAGAUAAUUAAAACUGCUUGAUGAAUAACUGAGAAAUGAUAUUGAGUUUGGAUCUACAGAUAAAGAUGAGAGGGGAUUUUAGUUAUAAAUUGAGAGUGGAAGAAAAGAAAGAAAAUUCUGGGACAGAUGUGACUAGAGCAAUAUAAUUUUAAAAUCUGAAUAUGUUUUUUCUUCAGUUCUAGAAGAUGGUGCAAAUUCUCUGUGUAAAUAUGUGUUUCUUUGUAAUGUGCAAAUAGAUCAUAGUACAAAUAUCACAAGCUGAUUUCAAACAUGAUUAUGAAAAUGAUUUGUUAUAUGAAGCCUGUGAAUUCUAUCUAUUAAUAUUGAUAUAUAUAUAUACCAAUAUGUUGUUUGUGAUUGUCUAUGCACCAGGUAUUAUGUAAUCAACUAAUCAGCCAUGAAUCUGCUUCAUUGUUAGCUGGCUUAGAAGACCUGUUUUAAUGAUAAUAAUCUUAUAGGACCAAGAGGUUACAGAUGAAUUGUGGCACUAU